CUCUGCUCUGAAUUGAAACAAACGGCUAGCCCCAUUCGAUCUGCUGCACGCACGCACGCGUUGCACGGCGUACGUGAGUCCACGCGCGCGCGCCAUGCCCUACGCUCGUCACGUCGCAACAGCCGCCGCAUUUACUUUUGCACGAUCGAUUUAUAAAAACCACAUCACACGCACCCGAUUUAUAAAAAUUCGAACGCCACCGCAUCCCCAACCGUCCGAUCGGUCCGAUCGAAUCGCCCCCUCCCUCGUGCGUGCGUGUGGCGUGUGCGCUGCCUGCCUCCGCCUCAAUAUCACGCGCGCGCCGUGCGUCUUUCCAACGGUUGGAUCCCGUGUCACGGAAACAGGCUGGCCGUCGGAUCCGUAUCUGGCCACAGGUAUUUGUACGCGCGGCCGCGCGGUUGGGAGCGGACGAAGCGACGGGUUUUUUUUUGCUCGGAUGGGGAAGAAGAAGAAGCGCGACGGCGCGGCGGCGAGGAGGCAGGCGCGGGUGGUGGUCGGCGGCGUCCGUACGCGGGCCGCCGUCACGGCGAGGAGGGUGGUGGCGAGCGCGGAGGAGGGUUGUGGUUUGGUGGGCCGUGGCGGUGGCGGUGGCAGUGGCGGAGACGAUGGCGAGGGCGGAUGCUAUCUGCGUCUGCGGAGCAGGAGGCUGCCCUUCGUGGCGGCCGCGGUGGUGUCGUCGCGGAGGGAGGAGGCGCUCGGUGAUUCGGUGGCGGAGGCGGCUUCGUCGUCGUCGUCGCGGGCGGUGGAAUUGUUGGGCUGUUCUGGUGAGGAGGAGGCUAUGGCCGAGAAGGUUUGCACGCAGGCAGGCGAGGAUCACGACGAGGAGAGCUCCGUCGGCGACUCCGGCUGCGGCCGCGAGAGGAGCGCGACGACGCCGUCGAGCCGCCGGCCGCCGGGAGACGCGGACUCGAGCGACGCGGAGUCAAACCAGGAGGCCAAGCAGCAAAUGUGCCGCCGGAGUUCGACGACCUCAGCAGCUGCAUUUCACGCGGGAGCGACGACGAGGAGCUUCAGGAUGAUGGCACCGCCGGCGGCGGCGGCAGAGAUCGAGGAGUUCCUCGCCGCUGCGGAGAGGUCCGAGGCCGAGCGCUUCGCCGCCAAGUACAACUUCGACGUGGUGCGCGGCGUGCCGCUCGACGCCGGCGGCGCCGGGCGGUUCGAAUGGACCGCGGUGGGCAGCGGCUGAGGCGAAGCAUAUGCAUGCGGAAUUGCAAACCGGCAGUGGCCAAGGCAUGGUAAAAGAGAUGCUCUCAGUUAAUGGAAAAAUCCGAAAAAUGUAAAGUGAAAAUAAGGAUCGAAAGGAUAAAUAGAAGAAAAAAAUAACAGAGGAGUUCCAUUAAUUUACCAGCAGCCUGGACAGUUAGCUCGAUUGAUCUGGUCGAUUAUUUGCUCUAAAAAAAAUCUUUAUUUCUUUUCGUAGUUCAAGUUCAUGAUCAUGCUCAUGCAUGUCCCUAGUUAGUAGUCACUACAGUUUCUUCACUCUUCUGGCUAUUUCGUGCGACUUCAGCGUUUUGAUUCAGAUUCAAACUGGGCUGCCUUGGGCCAACGUGUUACGAGGGUAAGGCCGGAAGAACUUAGGCGGUGUUCUUUUGUAUGGGUUGGGAACCCCUCCCCUCCGCAUAAAAAACGGAGUGAUAGAUUAACACAUGAUUAAUUAAAUACCCGC